UGGUUGUCCUCGACUUCAUUUAUAUUAAAACAACGAUUUCAACGGGGAUGAGUCUCUCUCGACGUAGCCAAAUAUUAUACAUUCAAUAUUGUGACGGAGGCUAACUUUCGAGUCGCUUGCACUCACGCGACACGGAGUAUAAAUUUUACUCAUCACGUUGUGCAUACAUUGUUAUGUAUAUGUUUUUUGUAUAAGUAGGACUGCUGGAAUAUUGUAUUGCAAGAAACUUAAAUCAGUUGUAGACCGAAAAUCCACCUGAACGUGAAUAUUAUUACCAUUACGGAAAAUCUGUUUUUCGCAAUUUUCGGUCAAAAGGACACCGACGACUUCACGAUAUCACUGCGAGAUAAUACACAACCAAACUGGACUUUAUUUUUAUUCAAGAUAUCCUUUUCAGUUUAUAUGCUCGUCACCGUAAUUGUACUGAUAAAUCUCCUUAUUGCUAUGAUGAGUGAUACUUAUCAAAAUAUUCAGUCGCAAAGUGAUAUUGAAUGGAAAUAUGGUUUGAGUAAACUUAUUCGAAAUAUGCAAAAAACCACAAUGGCACCAUCUCCGUUGAAUUUAGUGACAUCCUGGGCUAAUCAUUUUCAUAAAACAUACAAAUCUAGACGUAAAACCAUGAAAGGAAUGAGUAUAAUGAAUGGACUUAUAGGUCGAAGAUUACUACAGAGUCCUUUCUUUCAAGACAAUAAAAUGCAUCCACUAAAUUCAGCAAGAAAUAAUUGGGGCAUUUCAUUAUUGCAACCGAGUCCAUUUGGUAGUCAACUAUCAUUUCGCAAUGUUCCCAACAUCAACAGCGUGGUAGACUGGGAUAUCGUGCGUCGGAAAUACAGAAUUCGAUUUGGCGGCGAGAUCGAAAAACCUAAAAGUUCUUCACUGAUACUUGGUGAAAUAUAAGAAGAAAAGCUUUCGUUUUUGGUGCGAGUAACGCAUAUUCUAUUUCUACUGACAAUAUAAAACAAAAGGAACUACGUAAUUGAUAGUUAACACAUAUUAAAUUAAAUUUCUACCUAAUCUUCUUUUUGAUGGCAUUGAUUUAGAGAAGAUAGCACAAAAUCCUGCGAUAUGAUUUGAUUAGAUUUUUAAUUUUCUAUCGCUGUUUCAAAUAGUACGCUGCGUAAGCUUCAUGUUAUGAAUAUAUGUACAUAAUGAAAUUUCGAAGUUAAUAU